GGGAAAUUACGAAGAGAUUUCAGCUGAAGAAAAUAUUUUAAAAGAUUUUCCACUUUCACUCUUUAUAAUUAGGGUUUGCAAUAUUCCAUUCCAUCUCACUAGCAUGCAGUGAGAAGUAUUCGGUAGUCUUCUUCUCGAAUCGAACGUGCGUAUUCCAUGGGGAAUUUUAUCUCAAAAACACUGAAUAAACCGAAACAUGAGGGGAUACAUUUGGAACAAAUAACCACGGCAUAUGAUAAUUCCUCACCUCUUUUAGGCAAAAGAAAAUCACUAUACAAAGCUGCAUUGAAGGGUGAUUGGGAUGCUGCAGAAGAGGUAUUGAAAAACGACGAAAGCUUGAUGAAAAGUCCCAUAACAGAUGGAGGGGAAAUUGCACUGCAUGUUGCUGCUGUCGAAGGCCAUCAAGAUUUCGUCUCAAAAUUGUUGCCUAUGAUGGAGAUAGAUGACGUCGGAAUUCCCAACGGGAAAGGCUGCACCGCACUGUGCUUUGCUGCUGCUGUUGGCCACAUUCGAAUCGCUCAAAUAAUGUUGGAAAAAAAUCCAAAUUUGGCAACAAUUAAGGGCGAAGAAGGGGUUAGGCCACUCUAUAUGGCUGCAUUGCAAGGAUUUUCCGAAAUGGCUCAAUUUCUCUACGAUUACUCUCAUAUCGGAUCCUGGACUCCCCAACAAAAAAUCAACUUGUUGACGUCAGCAAUCGACUCCGAGCUCUAUGAUCUGGCUAGGAGGAUCGUGAAUGAAGAUAAAACAUUGGCUGUAGCUGAAGAUGGAUGUGGGAACACAGCGUUGCAAGUGCUGGCGCAGAAGCCAGGAUUUUGUUGCGACAUGAAUAGUGCAAGGAGGGGCGAUCCUUACAGAUUACUCGAUUGUUUGUGGAAUGCCGCCGAGUCGUGUGAAGAAGAUACCGAAGCAGCCGUAGAUACCAGCACAUUAUUCUUCAUAGCGGCGGAAUCCGGCAACGACGACUUCUUGGUGGAGCUACUCAGAAAAGACCACAAUCUUCUCUACAAAAUAAACGACAAGACACACAGCAUAUUCCACAUCGCGGUUUUGCAUCGCUACGUCAAAGUGUUCAACCUCAUCUACGAACUGGGCGGCACCGGAGAACUGAUCGCGACCUACGUCGACGACGAAGGAAACAACAUGCUCCACUUGGCGGGAAAACUGAGCCCUCGGAAUCAGCUAGACAGCAUCCCCGGCGCGGCCCUGCAGAUGCAGCGCGAGGUGGUGUGGUACAAGGCGGUGGAGAAGGUGGUGCGGCCGUCGUGCAGGAGCAAGAAGAACUCGGCGGGGCAGACGCCGCACGAGGUGUUCAUCGCGGAGCACGGGCAGCUGAUGAGGGAGGCGGAGAAGUUCAUGAAGCAGACGGCCAAGUCGUGCAUGCUGGUGACGAUGCUGAUCGCGACGGUGGUGUUCACGACGGCGUUCACGGUCCCCGGAGGGUACGACAACAGCACCGGGGUGCCCCUCCUGGAGAAGAAGAAGAUGUUCAUGGUGUUCCCGGUGUCGGAGGCGGUGGCCACGCUCUCCUCGCUCACCUCCAUCUUCAUGUUCCUCUCCAUACUGACGUCGCGCUACUCCGACGAGGAUUUCCUGAUGACGCUGCCGUGCUGGCUCCUGCUGGGGCUGGCGGCGCUCUUCUUCUCCAUCGUGGCCAUGACCGUCGCCUUCUGCACUUGUUUGCAGUUUUUCGGGCAUGGAUGGGCGGCGACGGCGCUGCUGGUGUUGUUUGGCAGCGUACCGACCAUGUUUGUGGCGUUGAAGUAUCGUCUGUUGGUCACUGUACUACGCUCUACCUAUGGCUGCACCUACCUGUUUCGUUCCUACAACCGCUUGCACUCCUAGCUACCUGCUACUACGUCUAUAUAUAAUUAAAUAGUGUUAAUAAUAAUUAAUGUACCACAAAUUAAUUAGCUAUUAUGCAUAUGUAUGUAAUGUAAGAUAUAUAUACUACUAUUGUUUGUAUUCAACUUAAGUCUACAAUUUCUUCUUGUGAA